GUUGCACCACCUGGGGGAAGAGGACGCCGCCCGUUACUCCACAAAGUACGCCGAAAAGGCCCCGAAUGAACGGCCUUCCGGUGAGAGCCUCCGGCACGGCGCCAGCAGGAGACGCGAGCUCCCUGUCUGCUCCCACUAACGGUGAUAACCAUGACGUCAGCAACGACGAUGGGGACGACACUGACGAUGACCUCGUCAUCUUGGACACCGCUAGUACCCCCAAGCCACAAAAGCCUCUCUCCGGCCUCGAGGAAGUGAAGGAGGAGGAGGGUGAGACUCAGAUAAGCAUGCUGCUGGAGUGCAGCGACAACGCUGCCGUGGACGCCACUGCUGAGACGGCAACGACGGGAACGAGCCCUUCCAGGCCCGCGACCGUGGAGACUGGUCAUCCUCCAGCAGUGGUCAACACCACCACCCAAGCAGAAGUGGGUGAAGUGAAACAGGAGAAAGACAGUGAAGAUCCAACAGAAAUGAGGGAGAGUUCUGCCCAUUCUCACGCCGGUACAGAACGGAGGUCGGACUUUGGCAUCCCUGCCCUCGAGCAGAGAGGAUUCAAGCAAGAGAGAAGUGACGACAGCCCGAGAGCGACGCCAUCGCAGCGGGCCCUGCAGAACGGGGCGGCGGGGGAUGAAGGCGCCGGGCCGUCUUCAGCGAGCGCUAGCAACGACUACUUCACCAAGCACUUCCCCACUUUUAACUUGGUCCAGGAAGAUCUGGACCAGCUGCUGGAACUGAUGCAGGACACGGCUCAGGAGAGGGACCGUUUAAAUGAGCAGGUGCACAAACUCACUUCCCAGUUGGAGGACACGCAGAGGAGACUGCAGGAGCUGUCUCACCUCAGUGCGAAGGGAAAGGGUCUCCACAAGGCCUGUCAGACGGACCAAACGGAGACGGAGAGAGACUACUACAAAAAUCUGUUUGAGAAGACCAAGCAGAAAGUCAGUGACUUGGUAAAGGACAAAGAGGCCUUGACAGCAGCUGCGGAGACCGGUGUGGCGACCGCUCAGGAUGACGAGAACGAUAUUGAUGAGAUUUUACAGCGAAUUGGCUGUCUGGUUCAGCAGCUGGAUCAGAGAAACAAAGAGAGGGAUGAGCUUUGCUCGCAGACGGGGGGCAGUAAGGGCUACGCCUUCGGGGAGUACGAAUGUGACGAGGUGGCGCAGAUCGUUGCAGAGACCAUGAACAACUACCUGAUGGGGGAGAGGAUCAUCAAAUGUCAUGUGGUUCCUCCAGAGAAGGUGCACGAGAAGCUGUUCGUGGGCUCUCAAAGGGAGUUCAAGAAACCCUCGUUUCCCGCGGUGGCGCGCUACAACAAGAAACACUCGGCCGAGCAGAUCGCCAAGAUGAAACUGCCGCGCAAGGAGUCGAAGCUGCGGGAGCCGCUGGUGGCGCGAGGCAUCGACUACGACUUCCCCGGAUUCGCGGCCCAGGUUCCUCAGAAAACAAAGUCCGAAGCCUUAAAUGCAUCGUCCUGCAGCGACGUAAGUGAACCGUGUCCUUGUUCUAGACCCGCCUGUGACACCACACCGCCCGUCACGCCGGGCUUCCUAGAGUGGAGGAAGUCCACGGUGGCGGACGAUGACGGCGACGACGAGAUCGUCCUCAAGCUGCCGGUGAAGGACGAGGAUGAAGAGGAGGAUGUCUCGGGCAGCGAUGAAGACGAGGAGGAGCAGUGA